CUCUUGUACAUAGACUUCGUCCCUUCCUCUGCCUCUCUCCCCUCUGCCUCCCUUCCACUCUUUCUCUGCCUCCCUCCCGGACUCCCUCCCUCCUUUGCCUCCCUCCCCUCUCUACAUCUGAGCCAGAGUGACUGUCAGAGGGAACAUAGCAGUUCAGUCACUCCUCAUCCAUAGCUCUUAGAGUCUUCUCCCUUUACAGAGAGAGAUACAUACGUAGACAAGAAGAGAGUCGAAGAGAAAGAGGCACUCUUUAAAAGGACUUUAGGAGCCACGUUAUUAUCUUCAUCACUCUUCCUCUACUCUCUUACUUUUUAACGAGACUAACAUUUCCUGUAUGCCUCUAGCAGACUUUCUGGGACUCUAAGGUAGACUCCUUAUCCACCCGUUCCGCUUCCAACCCACCCAGUCUGGGUUUGGGGAGUGAGCGGGCGGUAGGCGGGUGCCUCGGGGCGCCCAGCCCGUGUGUGUGGGCGCGACGGCGGUGGAGUGGGCGCGGGGGAACUGGAGCGCCGAGGGCGCGGCCGGGGCUCCCGAGGGCGAGGAGGCCGGGUCGGGGUCCGAAGUCGGGGCUGCAGGGUCUGGGCAUGGUGGUGGAGGCGGCGCCAUGCUGAACAUGGUGUGGGAGACUGAGGGGCUGCAGACGGUGGGCAUCGUGGUGCUGGUGUGUGCCUCGCUCAAACUGCUGCACCUGCUGGGGCUCAUCAACUUCUCCGAGGACAGCGUGGAAGAUGAGUUGGAGCUGUCGGCCGUCCGCCAUCGCCCCGAGGGUCUGGAGCAACUGGAGGCUUUGACCCGCUUCAACCGCAAGGAGCUGCAGAUCCUCUACCGAGGCUUCAAGAACGAGUGCCCUAGUGGUGUGGUCAAUGAAGACACCUUCAAAGACAUCUACUCCCAGUUCUUUCCACAGGGAGACGCUUCGACAUAUGCACAUUUUCUGUUCAACGCGUUUGACACGGAUAAAGAUGGAUCUGUGAGUUUUGAGGACUUUGUAAUGGGACUCUCUAUCCUGCUCCGAGGCUCAGUCCAGGAGAAGCUCAACUGGGCCUUUAAUCUGUAUGAUAUUAAUAAGGAUGGCUAUAUUACUAAGGAGGAAAUGCUUGACAUCAUGAAGGCCAUCUAUGACAUGAUGGGGAAAUGCACAUAUCCCCUACUCAAAGACGAUACGCCUCGGCAACACGUGGAGAUAUUUUUUCAGAAGAUGGAUAAAAACAAAGAUGGAGUUGUAACCAUAGAUGAGUUUAUUGACUGCUGCCAAAAUGAUGAGAACAUCAUGAGAUCGAUGCAGCUCUUUGAUAACGUCAUUUAACUUGGUGGCUGACGUGGAGAGCUCUGGACCGGACUAUUCUAUCAACUGUACGCUGUUCAGGCAAACAUAAGGAAGUAUUGUCACACAACAAAUACAGUAUAGAUGUAACGGUAUGAAACAUUCUGGAAUAACUUUGCAAAAAAGCAUUGAGGUUUCCAAUCUUACCUUUUCAAUUUGAGUUUUGUGGUUUGAUUGAGUAAAUUGAACUCUUCAAACCUGUGUACAAAGAUGCCUCGAUCUUAACAGCUGUGCCGCAGUCAGUAUUUAUCUGCAGUACAGGAAACCCAGCUGUGUUAGAUUUUGCCACUGCCUUUGAACAGAUGGACAACAAUGAGUUUGAAAGGUGAGCGUUUGUGAUGAAUAGUGACAAGCAAGCGUUGCUAAAGUAGGCUACAAACUCCAAGGUUGUUCACCCACCGUGGUCCAUCCUUUGCUCUCCCAGGACCCGGAUAAAAUAUAGACUUAACAUUGUACCAUUUAAAAAAAUAUAUGUAUAUACUAUCUGAGGACUGUUCAACUUUGUUCAUGUUUACUUGCCAACUAGAAGGAGACAAUGCACUCCACAUUGAAUUUGAUGAGUCUGGAGAAUGAAAAGUAUCCUUAGAAGCACACAGGUUGGUGUUACUUACCUUGAGUCUACGCAUAGGAGAAAUGACCAUCUUGUCACAAGAUUAUGCUGCUUCUAAAUGUAUUUUAUGUGACCCUACAUGUGUGUAUUUCCCUGUUUUGAGAUGUUUCCUGUCGACAUGUUUCCAUUCAUGCUUCGAAGCACUAUUUUGUAGUUUACACUGGUAUGUUUGAUUUUAUUUAUAUAACAUGAUAGUCAGUGUACAAAGGGAUAGUCAGAUGUUCAGUAUUAAGCAGAAGCUAACUCUUGGGGUGAAUUUGCAGUCUUCUUGGGUAUGUAAUGUAUAUUGAUCACUGUCUUAUAAAGAGGAUCACUGGGAUGAAGUUAUACAAGCAAAUCUAAUCUCUGUCACCUGGUUUUGUAAAUAUAUUGCCCUGUCCAGAAACAACCCCUAGCCCCAACUUUCUAGGCGAUUGCAGAGAUCUGGGAGGAUUGGACAGGUGUAAGCAAUAUGGCGAUAAUUCCACUCGGCCUGUCAGAAGGCAAGGUGGAGCUAUAACCUAUUUCACUUUGUAUCUAUCCAAUCCUCUCGAGCCUUGUUCACACUGCAGACCUUCACACUGCUCAAAUCAGUUUUGUUUUUAAAAUCCAUUUUGGAAUACUGACUGUCUAAACAGCAAAUUACAAGUGACCAAAUCGGAUUUGUGUGUUCAGACAGCAGUCAUUUGCUGGUUGUCAUAGUAAUGACGGGUGUGUGCACAGUGGUGUAGGCUGAUUGGUGGUAGUGCUCGUGCUUCUCAGAAGUUAUGUGGCAAGCUAAGGUGACAACAAUGCCUGCCAUGGACGUUUCCCAGUUGCUUUGAAUGUUCAAAAACUUUUAAGGAUAAGAUGAUCCAACUUUCAAAACAAGUGGUAGCUGUUUAGCUUUCAUUAAUGUGUUUAAACAAACUAGUUAUCUACUACAUGUUCUUAUCAAACUGGCAACAAGCAACAAUAUAUGCCAAUUAAGUCUAAAAACCACAUGAGGGAAAAUCAGAUUUGACCGUUCAACCCAAUUCGAAUGGCCAGGAAUCAAACCACCUACAAGUGUAUUAUGGGUCUAGAUGUUGUUUCUGGAUAGAGGUUGCUUCUGGAUGGGGUCUGUGUUUUCUUUCCUCUUGUUUGGGGCAUGUGUCCAGUUUCUUUGCAUAAUGAAGACUGAUUGGCCGCGGCUGUCUCUGAUUAUAGCCCUGAUUGGCCCCAAAUGUGGGCAGGCACAGAGCAUGCUGGGCAGCAGAUGGGGCCUCACCCUCCCCAAUCUCACUCACAGGUGGUUCCAAAAACCCUACUAUUUCGUCUAAAAGAUUGGUACGAGCAAGGUAGUAUCUGCAGUAUUCUGUGCAAUUCAUUUUUCUUGCCUUAAUUGGCAAUUUCUUAUGUAUCCAUGUAAAUGUACCCAUUGGAAUAUGUUCUGAUGUCCAUAUGAUUAAGCAAAUUCUAGGACAAUAACUUGUUUGUGUACCUCACUUGAUCUUAUUUGACCAAUGAUUUUGUUCAGCUGGCUAAUUAUCUCCUAAACACAUGGGUCAAGUUAAGUAGGGCACAGAAAAGCCUGCAAUGAAAAACAAGUUUAUUUUUAGAGAAGUUCGGGUAUAGCCUCUACAAAUCCAAGAGUGGAAGACUCCCAUCUCGUCACUAACAUGAAGGCUGGCUUUUUGUGAACAGUCCCAUCACAAGUCAGGAUGUUGAAUAAACUUCAUUUGAACGUACUUUACCUGUUGUCUGCUGAUUUUGUCCUUUAUGUAGGAGGUCAUCUGAGACAAAAUAUCCACGGAGUAGCGUUAUUAACCCGACUUUCUGGUCUAUAUCGGUUUGUAUUUUCAAUGUUGACGCAAUUCGCAUGCGACUUGCACAAUAUGUCAACAAUGGCCGAGCUUAACCGAAGCACAGACUGAAUGUUGUCCCAAACAAAUUUCACAAGUAUUUCCAGCUGAUUGCAGGGAACAGGCUUUGGUCGACUACGUUCGGUGACAUUUGGCUAUUGUUCACAUAAUGUGCAUCACGUGAAAUGCGUCGAGGUGGAAAAUACAAGCGACAGAACCUACCGGUGCAGCAAAAAGUUGGGUAAAAAAUACUUUCCUAUGGACAUUUGAUCUCCACUACCUUCCAACAAAAGGACCAACAGCACGGACAACCGGUAAGUAACCUAGUUUGUAGAGACUAUUACAUUUUUAACAGCAACUUUUUUCAGACUGAUUAUCCAUGGCGUAACCAUGGUAAGUCUGAUAUUUAGGCAAGUUCAGGUAGCACCCGUUCAUUCCAUCUCAAAACAUUUUCUCCAUACUGAAUAUGUCUCUGGAAAACAAGUUCCGUAAUGAUAAAGUGUUGCAAAAAAGUGACCUAUGUCAAUCUGUUAUUCAACCUUACAUCCUAAUGUAUUUAAAUGGAUCAUUAUAGCAGGAGGUGCAUGAGGCUAGUAAUUGGGUUCUAUGAUUUCUGAUUUUAUGCACUCCAAUUCUGAUCUUGGAAAAUUUGAAUGCAUCGGAAAAAAGCCUGAAUGAAUCAACUACUACUGACAAAAAAAACGUUGUUUUUUUU